AUGUCGAUAUGCGGAAUGGUUAGCCAAUAUCGUUGCGGUAACCAAAAAAAUGGAAAGAUCCGAAUUUGCAUCGACUUCAAAGAUCUCAAUCUCGCCACUCCAAAAGAUGAAUAUGUCAUGCCUAUAGCAGACAUGUUGAUCGAUUCUGCGGCGGGACACCGGAUUUUGAGUUUAAUGGAUGGAUACGCAGGGUAUAACCAAAUUUCAUUAGCAGAAGAAGAUAUACCCAAAACUGCAUUUAGGUGCCCAGGAGCGUUGGGAAUUAAUGAAUGGAUAGUUAUGCCAUUCGGUUUAAAGAAUGCUUGGGCGACUUACCAACGAGCUAUGAACACUAUCUUUCAUGAUCUUAUUGGGCGGUCAAUGGAGGUAUAUAUUGAUGAUGUGAUCAUUAAGUUUACUGACUUUGAUUCACAUUUGGUUGAUUUAAAAAAUGCUUUUAUUCGAAUGAAACAGUACAACCUGAAAAUGAACCCAACGAAAUGUGCCUUUGGAGUUUCGGCAGGGAAUUUCUUGGGGUUUUUAGUACAUGAAAAAGGAAUAGAGAUUGACGCGAACAAAGCCAAAGCUGUUCUAACAAUGCGGUCGCCUCAGUUGGUCAAACAAGUACAAAGUUUUUUGGAAAAGGUGAAUUACCUAAGGCGUUUUAUAUCAAACGCCGCAGGGAAAUUAAAACCUAUCACGAAAUUAUUACGGAAUAAGGCCACCGAUUUUUCUUGGGGUCGGGACCAACAGAAGGCAUUGGAGGAAAUCAAGGAGGCCUUGGUUAACCCGCCUGUGUUGGUUCCUCCAAGAGGCGACCGACCUCUUCGGUUAUAUUUGGCUAACAGUUUUGAUGUGGUAAGCAGUCUCUUGGUACAAGAAUGGGAAGAUGGUAAGGAAAGAGCCAUUUAUUAUUUAAGCAAAACUUUAGCAGGACCUGAGUUGAAUUACAGUAUGCCCGAAAAAAUGUGUUAUUCUUUAGUCUUCGCCUGCACUCGGUUGGAACAUUAUAUUCUGCCAAGAGAAACCGAAGUGGUUUCUAAAAUGGAUUUGGUCAGACUAAUGUUGCACAGACCGACCAUGCAAGGUAGAUUAAUGAAGUGGGCUAUUAAGCUGGCUCCUUUUGCACUACGCCACCGACCUCUCAAGGCUGUGAAAUGGCAAGUUGUGGCUGAUUUUUUGGUUGAGUUUACAAGCGAUGGGUCAUCAGAAAAUAAAAUAAUGCCAUAUAUUGGCACCAGUCCUUGGAAAAUAUUUUUUGAUGGUUCCCGUUUGAAAGGAAAGUCGGGAGCGAGAGUGAUACUAGAAGGACCAGGAGGCGGAAAAAUUAAUUUGCAGCUUCAAAUGGAAGAUAUGACGCAUAACUCCGCAGAAUAUGAAGCACUGAUUUUGGGUCUGGAAGCACUUAUCGCUAAGGGAGUGCAGUCUGUUCUAAUCUAUGGGAAUUCUCAACUUGUUAUCAACCAAGUAUUGAAACGGUACGCGUGUAAUUUUCCCCAUUUGCAUAGAUACCGAGAUGUAGUGCUACACUUGUUAUAUAGAAUCGGGAAAGUAGUUUUUCAGCAUGUACCAAGAGUGGAAAAUCAGUUGGCUGAUAAUCUGGCUCAGAGUGCUUGUCAGCAGUUGAUUGGCAGUCUCGACUCUGGGACUGAUUGGAGAACAGAAAUUAUGGUACAUUUGGAAUCUCCAAAUUCUACUACUCAUGUUCGUGUUCGCUUAAAGGCUUUGCGUUUUCAGCUUAUUGAUGGGGUUUUAUAUAAAAGAACCUUUGAAGGGGUUUUGCUGAGGUGUUUGGGACCUGAGGAAUCUAUUAAAAUAAUGGAGGAGAUUUGCCAAAGGAUGUCAAGAGUGCCAGAAGCAUGGUCCUUUACAUCAUUUGCCAACAGUGGAUUUGCAGACAAUGGUAAAACCUUGGCCAUUCAAAGCUUGGGCGUUGGAUUUCCCUUGAAGAAUGCGGCGCAGAAAGAAGUGAUCGAAUUUGUACUCAAUCAUAUCAUCUAUCGAUUUGGAAUUCCUCACACUCUCACAACCGAUCAAGGGUUGAUGUUUACUGGGGAAAAGUUUGUUGAGUUUUUGGCCGAAUACAAUGUUAAAUUACACCAUUCUUCACCGUAUUAUCCACAGGCGAAUGGAUUGGCCGAAGCAGCAAAUAAGAUUAUUAUUGGCAUUAUCCGGAAAAUGGUGGAGGAGAAUCCAAGGAAAUGGCAUACUUUGCUAUAUCAGGCAUUGUGGGCUCAUCGAAAUAGUAGAAGUACUUCUACUGGAUUUUCCCCAUACCAAUUAACAUUCGGGCAAGAUGCAGUAUUACAUGCAGAAUUUGUCGUGCCUGCACCCAGGGUGCCCAGUACAACAACCUAUAUUGAUGAGGUGUAUUUACAAAAGAUGUGGCGACAAUUGGAAGAGUUAGAUACAGAUCGAUUGAACGCUUUGGACCAAGUGAUUAGGCAGAGUGAGAUUAGGGCAAAAUGUUACGGAAAGAGGGUGGUCCCUAAGUUCUUUGCAGAAGGCGAUCUGGUCUGGAAGACAAUUUUGCCGACCUAUAAGAAGGUAGAUCAAUUGGGGAAGUGGUCUCCCAACUGGGAAGGUCCUUUCAUUAUUCAUGAGAUAAUUGGAAAUGGAGCCUUUAUUAUCAUAAAUCAAGAGGGAAAAACGGUACAUGAGAAUAUUAAUGCUAAGUAUCUGAAAAGGUAUUACCCUACCUUUUCGGAACUUUGUCAUUAA